AUGGCGCCAAGCACGAAGGGAUGGCAGAUGAUUGAGAUCGUUUCGGUCUUGGUCAGUCUAUGUCUAAUCUCAGUGGUGCUGCGAGUCUUUGCUCGUAUUCGGAGGAGAGUCGGAUUCGGCAUCGAUGAUUAUCUGAGCUUGAUAUCCAUGGUGCUCCUUGUUGCUAUGUUGGUCGAGUUGAUUCUCUGGUGUGCAAUUGGAGGCAAUGGAGCUCAUGUCAUGGACCUAUCUCCCCAUACCCUCAUGAACUACUGGAAGAUCUUCCUCGCAAACCAAUUCACCUACUUCCUCCUCUGCCCUUGUAUCAAGAUCUCCAUCAUCUGCUUCUACCGACGUCUCUUCGCAACCCCGAUCUUCCAAAAGGUCAGCUUCGGCCUAAACUGUCUAAUCGCCGCCUGGGGCACAGGAAUAUUCCUAGCUUGCGCAGGACAAUGUCGACCCCUACGCGCAUACUGGGACCACAGCGUUGAAGGAACAUGUUUCGACGCACAGGAAUUCAUCAUCGUCAACCAAGCCUUCAACGUACUCAUGGACUUCGUCAUCCUCUUCCUGCCCAUCCCAAUGAUCUGGAACCUCCACCGCGCAUGGCAAGACAAGCUCGCGCUGAACGGGGUCUUCGCCCUCGGCACAUUCGUUUGCUUCGCAAGUAUCUACCGCAUCGUCGUGCUCUUCUGGAUCAAUCCCACGGACCCUACUUUCACCGUCUACCAGGCCACGUUGUGGACGCACAUCGAGCCUGCUGUUGGUCUGAUCUGUUCCAAUUUGCCGAUUAUCCGCGGUUUGUUCCCCGCGCUUAGGUUGAAGAGCUCGCGUAAUGGAACAGGUCCUGCGUAUAUCAACACUGAUUACACGAACUCUUUGUUCUUGUCGAAAUCUAGCCCUCGCUCGCCGGAUCUGGAGUACGUUAAGAUGUACAAUGCCCAGGUCGAGAGCAAGUCGUCGCCCGGGUUCCUUGGUGAUGACCUCCAUCCCCGGACUAUUAAUGUUCAGACGGAUAUUUCUAUCCUUCCGGGAAAUGAAUCCACAACUAAACUGAAUCAGUGA